CUAUAAAGAGAAGGCGGGCUGCGCGUUCGCUCCGAGCUCCGUCCCGCGCCUUCCAUCUGCUUCUACCGUUUGCUUCGGUAGCUCGCCAAGUCCCCGGCAGCCAGCAUGGUGCAGCAGAUCGAAAGCAAAGAGGCCUUUCAGGAAGCCCUGGCUGCUGCCGGAGAUAAACUUGUAGUAGUUGAUUUCUCAGCCACGUGGUGUGGACCUUGCAAAAUGAUCAAGCCUUUCUUUCAUUCCCUGUCUGAAAAAUAUUCCAACGUGUUGUUCCUUGAAGUAGAUGUGGAUGACUGUCAGGACGUUGCUGCAGAUUGUGAAGUCAAGUGCAUGCCAACCUUCCAGUUUUUUAAAAAGGGGGAGAAGGUGAGUGAGUUUUCCGGCGCUAAUAAGGAGAAGCUUGAAGCUACCAUUAAUGAGUUAGUCUAACUUUUCUGAAGAACGU